AUGAAGUAUUUAGUCGUGUUAGUUGUUGUCUGCGUUUGUUACGUACAGUCGGAGUUUACUCCGGAGCAGGUCGCUAAGAUCAAGCAGCACCACGCCGAGUGCAGCAAGGAGUCGGGCGUGAACCAGGAGCUGGUGGCGAGGGCCAGGAAGGGCGACUUCGUCGAGGACGCGAAGCUGAAGCGCCACAUGUUCUGCGUGUCGAAGAAGAUCGGCUUCCAGAACCAGGAGGGCAUGGUGCAGGAGGAGGUGCUCAAGGCCAAAGUGGGCGCCAUCCUGGGCGAUCAGAAAUUGGCGGAUUCGCUGAUCGGCGUGUGCGCCAAGAACCUAGCCAACGGCGAAGAGACGGCCUUCGCGGCCGUGAAAUGCUACUACGAGAAGACCCCCACGCAUAUUAGUAUUGUUUAG